AUCCUGUGAGGGUGCAGCGAAGCAAGGCCCUGCACCACUCUCACUUCUUCUCCACCCGACUUGAGUGACUACAUCUGCAAAGAUGAGUAAAGGUAUGACCAUAAAGAACAUGUCCUUCAAGGUCGGGCAGACCAUGACCAUUGUUGGAGUCCCCAAGCCUGAUGCUACAAACUUUGCAGUAAAUAUUGGCCCUGAUGAGAAGGAGAUCACGAUGCACAUCAACCCUCGUUUCAACGCCCACGGAGACGAGAAUGCCGUCGUCUGCAACUCUUACCAGAAUGGCAGCUGGUGUGAGGAGUACCGUGAGGGAGGCUUUCCCUUCCACCAGGGGGAGGAGUUCACGAUCGUCAUUGAAUUCACCCCCGCAGAGUUCCAGGUGAGCUUAUCAGAUGGCUCUAAGAUCCACUUCCCCAACCGCAUCGGUGCAGAGAAGUACUCGUUCAUCAGCUUCGAUGGAGAGGUUCGCGUCACAGGCUUUGAUAUCAAAUAAAGCUCCAACCUCCCCGGAAAUUUGGAUUGAAAUCUUUUUUUAAUUCGUCUAGCAUCAGAUCACAAAUAGCCCCAGCUUUUAAUGUCUCAAAUGUCAUGUGGUAUCAGUAGUGCCUUACCUGUUAAACAUACAAUGUGUUGUGUAAUAAUGUAGCUUGUUGAUCCAAAGAUGGAUGGAUAAGACAGACACGCAAGAAGUCAUAUUACUCACAUGUACGCAAAGAAACUCACACAGUAAACGUUGUAACUGCGUCUUCCUCCUGCACACUUCACAGAACUACCAACUGAAAAGCACAGCUAAACACAAGCAGUCCCAAGCCCAUGUUAUCCGACUGCUAUUUGCUUUGCAGUUUGCAGUGUUUAGUUGAGAAGUUCUACUCAACAUGUGCUCCACUGUUCUUUAAGGUGCUUUGAAAUGCUGCAUGCUUUCUCGUUUUCCCUCCCAGACAUUCCAGAUUUAUAACUGAGUGUGAUGCUUGCCUUUACAACAUGUAUUAAAGCAUGAACUUGAUAAA